CCUAGUCUACAUGACCAUUGGCUGCAAUCCCAUCUUAAGACUCUCACAGAACGCUAUCAUGAAGAAUCAUUACCGUCAACAAAUGAAGAUUGCGAUGAUAGUCAUCAGUUACUUCAAGACAAGUUUGUAAAUCUUUUACCAGACCAUUGGACAGUCUGCUCGAUGACAUUGAUAGGCAAUGAACUCUACGUAGUUCAGUUGAGAGCCAAGGAAACACCAUUUGUUGUUCGAUUACCAUUACAACGUCAUAAUGGUAUCAGUUAUGAUAAUGCUAUGGGUGAGUUACGGGCAAUUAUUCAAGGUAGUGAUGAGACAAUCCAUGAUAGUUUGAAAUGUACAGAAAAGAGUCAAAUUGAAGCAUGGUGGAAACGACGUAAAGAGUUAGAUGGUCGUCUAAAGACAUUACUUGAAAGAAUGGAAAAUGAUUGGCUAAGUGGUUUUAGAGGACUCCUUUCAGGACGUGCACCUGUAUUUAAAGAAGAAUUAGUCAAGUUUCAAAAAAAUUUAAAUGAUCUCGUUUACAAGCUUGUAAAAGAAGUAGUAAAUACACCAUUAAAACAAGUCGAUUUUAGUCUCUCUUUGUGUCGUAUUGUACUUCGAUUAGGACGAUAUCCUACCCAAAAUGAACUAGAAGACAUCGCACACUUUUUAGUAUCUACCUAUUGUGAACAACAAAAUGAUGAGACACUUGAUGAUAAAAUUGAUCAUAGGAAAUUGACAGACCAAUUAAGAGUCUUAAUGGGACGAUAUCAUGAAAAAUGUAGUAUGGCAGGUAUAGAUUCGUGUCUCAAAAAUAACAAUAAGGAACAUGUUAUUCUUAUUCUGGAUAAAUAUCUCCAAAUGUUCCCUAUCGAGUCCUUACCUACACUUCGCACACAACCUACAUCACGUUUACCUUGUCUUUCCUUUUUAAGAGACCGUAUCCUAUAUAGCCAGGCCCAAUAUGAUAACUUUAUAGAUGGAUGGCAAGACCUAAAGGUUUCAAGACGAAAUGCUUUUUACGUACUUAACCCAGGCGGUGACCUGAAGGAUACACAAAAAGUCUUUGAAGCCUACUUUAAAAGUAUACCCGAAUGGGACGGUGUGAUUCAGACGAUGCCAAUGGAAUUACAAUGC